AUGGUCUUUGACUUCAAUUUUCUUUCUUUGCACCUGAAAGAAGGCAUUUCGGGAAAACAACUAAAUAUAACAAGAUAUGAUACCAAGUACACAAAAAGCCAUAUCAUAUUGAUGCCCAAAAAAUGCCACGCCUUUUCGAUUCCUGUCUUGACUGCCCCACCCCGGUCUGCCUCAGUUUCCACCCCUGACCGUCCGAAAUGUAAAAGGAGGAGGCGUACCCGCAGUCCCGGCCACGAAGCCACCCUGGGGACCAGGAAGCAGGAAGUGACCCGCCACUUCGAUGGGAUUCCGGGAUCCCCCCAGCCACCAGGGGGCCGGGGCCGAGUGUCUCGACCCAAAUCCCUUCUCCCACCCUCGCAGAGUCUGACACAAAGAACCCACGAGAGACCCAGCCCGGAGGCGAGUCUAGGAGGGACACAGGGAGAAGGCGCCCCAGAGCACUCACCACCUCCGCCGCGGUCCCCCGCCUCUUCCUGUCCCGGCUGGGCUCCCUCUCCGAGUUUUCCUUCGGUCCCACUUCCGGCGCUCAGCGCUGUCUCAUUGUGCGCGAUUGGGAGCCGGCUGUGCCCCCGCCCCGGCGCUCCGCCGCGCACGCCGGAAACGCGCGCAGCGCCUGGAGGGCCGCCCUCCGCCCCGCCCGCCGUCGCCCAGCUGCCGGGCCGCCCACCGUCGCCACGGCGCUCUGCCCCCGGGUAUGGGUUGUCAAGGCCAGCCCGGUUACGCCCCUCGGCGCCCGCGGGUUGUUCGCCCUCUACCCCGGCGCGCGGGCAGGGCCUUCUCCGGACACGGAUUGUCGGCUGGGAGCGGUUACCUGGGGCAGGGGCCAUCCUGACUCCAGAACCACCCGGGAGCAAUCGCGGGACCUCGCCGCAGUCCCUACUCGUGUCAGUGUAUAUUCAGCAUCAGGGCAGACCAGAGGUCCAUGGUGGCAGUUGGACAAAACAAAGGGAAACAAAAAACAAAAAAACAGGACAGAUCAACCAUGGAAUGAAACCUCCCAAGACCUUGAGACAAAUUAAAACUUUUCUCUUGGAUUUAUUUCAGAUUCCAUGAUGGUCUGGUGGAAGGUGAGAAGAGACCCAAAGUCCUGAACUGGCUCAUCUCUCAUUUCCAUGGCAGUGGGAGGCUGAGAAGGGCAGGGGAAAGUAUGAAUCCAGUUUUCCACCAAAAAUCAAUGCAGCUAAGGAUACUACUUGGUUUCACCUAUGCCAAAAUAAUAUUUGGAGUACCAAAUAAGAGUAUCCCUAAAUUGCUGAGUCUCAUGAGUUGCUGAAGCUAGCCUUUGAAUUUAGGAUCAUCCUGCUGCAUUCUGCCUCAGGCUUCUAAGUCACUGGGAUUACAGAGACUUGGUGAAUUUUCCCACAAAGCUGCAAUGAAGACAGAGGGAGAACAAAAUCUAUAUAAAGAGAAAUUACAAGAAGGUGUGAUAUAACACUUGAACAUAUAUACUAAUUUUGACAAAACGUGUUUGGAGCUGAAUUCUUUCUCUGCAUUUGAGUAUUUACAAGAUAAAAGUACAUACCUUUAGGGAACUAUUAGGGAACUAUUAACUCUAAUUCCCAAUACAUGAAGUUAACUUUAAUUGGCAAAAAGUUAAUUUGACAUUAUUAUUAAAAAUAUCUUUUGGGUUUGUUCA